UACGAGAUGAACGCUGACCUUGGUGCGCAACUGCUGGCGGCGGCGCGCGUUGGCGACGUCAACGACCUCCAAGAACUGUGCGCGAAUGCGACUGUCGAGACUGUGAACUUCCAAGACGAGCACUCUGGCAAUACGGCUCUGCACAUGGCGUGUGCGAACGGCCACAUCACGAGCGUCCAGCUGCUCCUCUCCCGUGGCGCCAAGCACGUGGCCAAUGCCAGUGGCAAUUCUCCGCUUCAUUGGGCAGUGCAAAACAAACACUUGGACGUGGUGAAGCUCCUGUUGACUCAUUUCGCCGACAACAUCGACGUGCUUGCCCGCAAUGCAUUUGGCCGCGGCUGCGUGACCGAAGCUUUCCAAGCCGAAAACACCGACAUUGUGGCAUUGUUGCUCGAACACUCGUCGGCGUCCGACGACAAGUUGGCCGCGGGGUCGGGGCUGGCGACGGGCGACUCCAAGCUCACGAUUGAAGGCGAAGAUGAUGACGUCGAGCCAUGUUCAUCAAAGAAACAGCCCAAGAUCAUCCAAGAAACGGUGCUCGACUUUGAUUUUGGGGCGACACCGAUCCUCCACGCCCGGGAAUUGGCUUUAGACAUGGAGAAAUCUGCAUUUGGCACGACGGCCGAAGAAGACAUCACGGGCGUGAGCAUCUGGUCGGCGUCGCUCAUUCUCAGUCGCUGGGUUCUGGCCGACGGCGCUUUGUUUGCCGGCAAAUCCGUGUGUGAACUCGGUGCGGGGUGCGGCGUGUCUGGCGUCGCCACGUACUUGUACACGGACGCCGCUAGCGUCGUGCUGACCGAUUUGUACCAGCACACGGUCGACAAUUUGCACUACAACGCCACCUUGAAUCGAUUGGACGAGUCGGCGGCCGUGCGGGGCUGCCACGAGUGCGGCACGUUGCAGCGGUUUACAACCGACAACCCCGACGGGAAGCUGCUCUUGUGCGGUCGAUGCCGCCAUGCUGCGUACUGCUCUCGAGACUGCCAAAAGGCUGCGUGGAAGGGCCACAAGGGCCAGUGCAAACAGUGGCAAGUGUCACCUCCUCCAUCGACGACCCAUAAGAAAACCCUCGAUGUCAAGGCGGUCGACUGGGCGAAACCCAACACGUAUGGCCCGAGUGGGGCAUUUGACGUGGUCAUUGGCAGCGAUUUGGUGUACCACAAGGACAUUGUCCCCAUUUUAGCCCAAGUGGUCGAUGCGAUCUUGGCCCCACGGGGAAAAUUCCUGCACGUGGCAUCGACCCAGCGCGACUCGCUGGUCGAGUUCAAGGAAGCCAUGGACGCCCGCGGGUUCACGUGCCACGCACAGGUCGUGCCAGACGCGUUCAAAGUGAACCCGCUGGUUGGGACGAACGCCACCAACUUGUUUGACUUGCAUUUCAACGAAAUGGAGGACACGUACUGCAUGUACACGUUCACCAAGCCAUAAAGAAAAAAUUCAUACUGUAAUAGUACUAACUAGGUACUACAGUAGUAGAUCGUGUACAAUAGUUGGACUAACGGUCUUUCAUAUAAGCUGCGAAUGAGGGACAAAGGGCUUUCUUUGUUCUUGGUGUGACGA